CAAAACAGUUAUUUCAAACGUGCGUCAUUGAUUGUGUUGUUGAUUUAAAGCAACAGAUGAACUGAAAGCCAUAAACUCAACUAUCACAAGCCAUAACCAUCUUUGGCGAUAAUCGUCCCGGCUGUUUUAACGCUCAGUGUGACGAGAUUCCUGUGCUUCUGUUGUCGGAGUGUCAGUCAGACAGUUUUGGGUUUACUGUGAGAGAAGAAAAAGAGAGAAAGAGAGAGAGAAAUGUGUAGGCUUUGUUUAAAGAGAAACUACAUGGAGGAGGAGGAGGAGACAGACAUCUUGCCUGUCAGAGACUGAAAAAAAGGAGCAUCAGGCCAACGACACAACUGUGGCUACACAGAAGUGCUUCCUAAAUCACAGCGAGACAGGUUUGCUGUCAGGUAAACAAAAACGAGACAAAGAAUGGGAGCCAUGCUGAUUAUUGAUUGUUACUAAAACUGAGUGCUCUACCUUCCUGGAGGACAUCAAGAGUGGGGGGGGCAGACAAUAAUAACCUCCGCCAAGAGAAGGAGGGACAGCAAUAGCCAGAGAGAGGCAGAGAGCAAAGGGAGAACUUCCCUUUCUCUCUCUCGACCCAUCUCGUCGUCAGGCUGGCCGGCUCAGCCAUGGCGUUCACCUUUGCGGCCUUCUGCUACAUGCUCACCUUGGUGCUGUGCGCCGCGCUCAUCUUCUUCGUCAUAUGGCAGAUCAUUGCAUUUGAUGAGCUCCGCACAGACUUCAAAAACCCCAUUGAUCAGAGCAAUCCCACCAGAGCGAGAGAAAGGAUUCUCAACAUUGAAAGAAUCUGCAACCUGCUCCGCAGAUUGGUGGUACCUGAGUACUCCAUCCACGGGCUCUUCUGCCUAAUGUUCAUGUGUGCUGGAGAGUGGGUCACACUUGGCCUAAAUAUCCCGCUGCUCUUCUACCAUCUGUGGAGGUUUUUUCAUCGGCCAGCUGACGGGUCAGAGGUCAUGUAUGAUCCUGUCAGCGUGAUGAACGCCGACAUUCUCAACUACUGCCAGAAGGAGUCCUGGUGUAAGCUGGGCUUUUAUCUGCUCUCUUUCUUCUAUUAUCUUUACAGUAUGGUCUACGCCUUGGUGAGCUUCUAACAGACAGGAUAAAUCUGGAGAAAUAAAAGGAAAUGUCUGCAAGAAAGACUCAGAGGAACAAAUGGAGACUUUGAUUCUUCCUCUCUCCAUGUAUCCUUCCCAUCACUGGCUUGGGUUUUCAACCGUCUAACUUUGGACAAAACAAGAAGACCAAUCUGAGUGAUAAUGUGAAUGUAAAGGCCUCCGCUCGAUUACACCGGUUUCUGCUGUCGGACGACUGGACGAGGUUUUGAAACGAAACAGAAAGAGGACGCAGCAGGUGUGUUGCCUUUGACCCAUUAUACGAAUUAACAAUAUCUUUCUGAAGGGCUGGAGUUUUCCCGUGCUGCUCUUACCGAUCCAGUCGCUCAACUCACUGUGAAUCUCCAAACACUAAUGGGCUGGAAAACAAAAUAAUUUGUCUGUAUUCUUUGACUUUGAAAAAUGUACUUAAAGCAGGAUUGUUUUGGUAUCAUUCCAUGUAUUUAAGAUGAUAGACACCUCUAAUAUCAAGCCACUGCUUUGAUCGUGUUACAGGUACAUAAAACUGUAGAAAACAGGUCAAAUUGUACAGGUUAAGAAAUGCAGGAUGGAGAUACAACAAAACAAGGGGUGAGGGGUUAGGCUUAGGGUUUUCUCUGAUGCCAGCCUCUGCCAAAAGUCAGAUUUAACAAAACAACAGAGUUAAUCAUAAGUUUGACUGCUUUGAGUGCUUGUAAUGUGCAUUCAGAAUAAGUAUGUCCAUAGCUGUAAGGACACAUUUUAUGCUACAUGCUAGGUUCAUGCUUUCCAAAGAGCUUCAUGCUCAGACAUUUAAUGCCAAAAGUUUAUAGCUGAAAAACCAUUGUGCCAAAAAAUAAAUAAAACGAAAGGUCCAAUGUGUAGGAUUUAGGAGGACAUAUUUGCAGAAAUGGAAAAUAUAAUGUAAUAAGUAAGCUUUCUUUGGUUUAAGUGUAACUUUAGAAUUAGUCAUAUAUUUCUAAAUAGCGAGCGAGUUCUCGUACACGGAGUCCAUCAUGUUCACUGCCAUGUUUCUACAGUAGCCCAAAAUGGACAAGCCAAACACUGGCUCAACAUAGGGCCACUGGUGUUUUUGCAUUGGCCGUCGUUGUAGUUAGCAGCCCCUCCACGAAGAGCCAAA